UAUGCCUUAAUUAUUCAUGCAGCAGAUUACCAUAAACGCAGAUUCAUCUGCUAGAUUGUACAGAUCAAUAAAAACUAAGUUUUUGAUUUUUUAUAUUCACAUUAUGGUCAGAAUUUGCAAAAAUUGGCCAGAAAACUCAAAUGAAUUAUUUUUGAUUUAUUCAUUAAUAAUUUACAUCAUUCAAACAUCCUAAUCGUUUUUGGACAGCGACAAAUUAGCGUUAUGAGAAAAAACGGUCAAACUCUGUGGCUAUCAAACAUCAGGGUGUGGAUAGUAACUUCAAAUCGAGGGUUUUUGCUUCUCAUAAUUCAGGGAAUGACGGGAGAAUCAGCAGUUGAUAAUUUAUGGGGAAAAUAAAACGGAAAUUAUAGGCGGCUAUCGACAGUGUAAAAAGUCACAGUCCCCGUUUUUUUCAGCCCCAAAACAGUGGCUUAAAAAUUAAAGGCCAGCUUAGCGCACAGAAAAUCCCCGCCUUUUAAUGGGCUACUAAAUUUGGUGGCAAUUUACUGCACCGCCUGCCGCCUUGCAGUGACCGAAAAAAAAUACACAAUUUUUCAUUUCUCUACCUUCAUUUUUAAUACCAAUUUCACCCGUCGCAUUCAUGAAUUCAUGAUGGAGUUCAAUUUGUUUGUUCGAAUUGUCUCCACGUUUAUCAUGGCUCCGUUUCGAGUCACCGAUUUUGUUGCCUUUAAUCAGUUAUGAUGAGUUCGAUUUAUUAGCAGGGGGUUUUCCCUCAUUGCAUAUUACCGCCAAAGAUGCACUACCGUCACUAAACACCAAAUCUUGCAAAGGCCUUCUUUUCUGAUGGAUAGAAAAUAGCCCAGCGUUUGAACUUAUAAAACAGAUUUCCUAAUUUAAACUACUCGAAUGACCCAAUAAGUUAAAUUUCCAUUAACUCCAUUGCAAAUUAAAUUACGCUGGAGAGCAAAUUCACUUUACAAAUAAAUCAGUUCAUUCGAUUUGCUUGUUUACCCAAUUUCAACGAAGAGUUUUUUGACAAAAAAACAGACAAUCGAAUGUUAUUUAUUCCAUAAUUUACUUCUUACAAUUUGAACCAAUUCUUUAAAAAAUUAAGAUAUGCAUUACCAUCUCUGAACAUAAUCUCUGCCUGACGACCCAAAAGUUUUUACCCUCUUGGGAAAACUAAGAAGCUAAAUGUCAGUUAAUUGAUACAAAAAUGUAAUGAAAUAUCUCACAAAAUGCUCUACAGACAGAGAUUCUUAUUUACUUGCUUUUUUCUUUAUUCCGGAAUUUACACCCAGUUAAAAGCGAAAUUCUAAAAAUUAACCCCCCUUUUAAUGGCAAUAUAGGUGAAAAGGCAGAGAGGAAAAAUUUUCAUUCUUCUUCUAAACAACUAUUAGAAUCAUAAAAGCACCAAUCUAAAUUUUUUCGAUAAAUCAUUAAUUUCUCUAACUUUUAGCUGCUUUAUCUUAGCUUAACUAUUAUAGAUUUGAAUAACUGAAACCCUUCUCAAAUUAAUUUUAAAAAAAUGGUUAAACAAUUUUUGAAAUUUUUUUCCAAAAACGUACCAAUAUUUUCUUAAUUGAUAAUAACAAAGUUUAAACGCUAAUUUAUUGUUCCAGACUUUCACUUUCUUGUAAAAAAAACUACUGGUAAUUCGCUUGCUUUGAUUUUUUUCUGACAUUUUGAAUCAGAAUUUAACCAGAACAUAUCAUUGAUGGUUGAGUUAAAACUCUGAAAAAUUAUCUUAUUUUACCUUAAACAAUGGCUACUUCCGUUUAUUUCCUUUAGAACUGAAACUUUGAUUAUUAUUCCAAAAAAUAAAAUAAAUCUUGAUUACUUAUAAUGAGGCCAAGUUAUGGGCCAUUUGAAAGAAUUUAGUCAUGGAAAUCUAAGCAACGCUUUUGCGAUACUUUCUUCUACAAAAAUUGAACCCAACUACCAUCAGUUUAAUUAUAUAACAACAUCCAACAGCUUAACAAUUUCCUAUCGGCAGGUGACAUACAAGAGAAGUCGUCGACCAUACAUUUGGAGUCCCGAAACUAUGGCCAGUUUAGUAGUUUUGGCGGCAGUCUCCUGUCAGGUUGCAUCGUUGGCGCUAAUAGCCCUCUCGGCCUUCACGACCUACUGGCUACUGAGGAACCCCAAGUUAUCGAACACUUCAGUCCUCAAGGGGGACAAUUAUGGACUGUGGGUGUUCUGUACAUCCACGACUUCCCCCUCCAUUCCGCCGGUGCCUUGCGAAUACAUCACUGGAUUCCCUGAAUGGUGGAAUGCGAGCAGGUCUUUCAUAGUGAUGUCAAGUGUAGUUAGCCUAAUGGCACUCGUGGCCUACUUCACCUCAGCCUUCAACUUCUUCCCUGGCGAACGAGGGAGGACGACCUUCAUAGGAGCAACUUCCAGUUUCGCCGAAUGUGUGUUCCUGGUGAUCUCGUUGUGUAUCUUCCACUCUCGCUCCCAUGACACGUACGAGGCAUUCCACGUCGGCUGGUCUUACUACACUGCCUGGGGCGCCUUCAUCUGCAACAUGGGAUCCCUCUUCUUCGUCUUCAUUUACUUCUUCUGCAGGCCUGAGCCAGAGAUAAAGCCAGAGCCGACGGACGAAAUCGAAACCGAGAAGAUACUCAGAGGGCUCUCGGACGCGCCCGAGUACAAACAGCCGAAUGACAUUGCCACUAUGAGCCCACUUUUCAACGCCAACAGCAACAACAGUCAGAAAGCCGGAAGCAGCAAGCAAAUUUCACCGUCAGGAAGUCAAAACAGUCACCAGUACCACCUAAUUAUGACUAACGAAAACGGGUCUGUCAAGACAGGCUUGAAGUCAACUUCCCGUGCGAGUUCAAUGACCUCUCGUGACCCCAGUUAUACGUACAAUUUGACAUCUGCACAACAACCGUCGACCUCGAUGGGAAAUAGUCACAGUGAAUAUCAAAUGGGAAUUUUACAAACAACUUUAUCGGUUUAAAAUGAAGAUUCGUUCGAUAAUGAAGUUGAGUGUUUUAUUUGAACCAAAUCAUCGGAAGUCCAAAAAAGUCAUGUUUCAUGAAAAAAGAAGCAAAAACUUUUUCUGUGAAAUUUAACUUUAUUAACGCUUCAAUUUUGACGGUUCCACAGUUAGUUUAAUGUUGAAAAAAUCUGUGGACUCAGAAU